AUGUCUAGUGGUGGCACAGGAGGACACAGCCAUAGUCACUCACACGACGGCGGAGAACAUGAACCCCAUGAUGUCACUGUUGGGCUUGGAGUUUUAGGAGGUAUUAUCACUUUCUUAGUGGUGGAGAAAACUGUUCGCCUGUUUGAUGGAGGACAUAGCCAUUCUCAUGGAGCCGAGAAAAAAAAAUCCGACGACAAACAAAAAAAGAAGGCAAAGGAUAAAAAGGAAGAUAUCAAAAUUGCUGGAUAUUUAAACCUCGCUGCUGAUUUUACUCACAACUUCACUGAUGGACUGGCAAUUGGAGCUUCUUAUAUUGCAGGCCAGAACAUCGGUUUAAUUACCACUGUGACCAUAUUUUUACAUGAAAUCCCACAUGAAAUUGGUGAUUUCGCAAUUCUUGUUCAAUCUGGUUGUUCAAGAAGGAAAGCUAUGAUGUUGCAACUGCUGACAGCAUUUGGUGCAGUGUCUGGCACAGUUUUGUCUAUAUAUCUUAGGGGUUCAGGUGACAGUGUUGUAUCGUCUCUCAUUUUGCCGUUCACUGCUGGUGGUUUUAUUUACAUUGCCACUGUUUCAGUUAUACCUGAACUCUUAGAAGGUUCUAACAAAUUCUCACAGUCUAUCAAAGAGAUAGUGGCUUUAUUAGCUGGAGUGUACAUGAUGGUGCUUAUCGCACAAUAUGAAUAA